AUGUUGUCAACAAGUAAAUUCCUGCUGUUUUCGGCGACAAUUGGAACUUACGUUAUCUUCUCUGCACCCGUUGGAUUGGAUUUGAGAGAUGAUCUCAAAUCGCUGAAUGCGUGUCGAACUGACGAAGUGGAAAAACAGAUCGAGGAUGAUUGCGGGAAAUUGGAAAAGAGCGCCAGUUGCGAGAAAUUCGGGGAAAUCACAAGAUGUACCAUAAAUCACCUCAAAACCCUUUGCCAUAUGGAGAACGCCGGCGAGGUGUUGCUCGGUGUCUACAAGCUGAUUACACAAGAAGUUCAUGCUGACCCGGAACGAAAGAAAUGCAUUGAGGAUUUCCAUGAG